CCAAUGUAUAUGUAACAUUCUCUCUAAGAAUCUUCCUCCUUUAACAUGUAUCUUAUCAACCAUAUAUAUAUAUAUAGUUAGAUAUAUGGAAAUUUUGGCUUUGGUCCGAUCUUUCUCUUUAAUUCUAAAGAUCUUUGAGGGAAUAUUAAUUAACUACACUAUGAACUGUCCUUUACACAUUCGAGUCGGACUAAAAAAAAUGCAAACAUUUAUUAUGUAAAUGAAUUUGGCAAAUCAAAUGUGAUGCAUAGUAUUUAGCAUUUCAGUUCAUCUUCUAUUCUUAACUAAUCUCAAGGGCUUGGUCGUUAAGAAGUCUAAUUUCUAUAAAUCUUAUAGAGCUGAUCACAUAAAAAUGGUUAAUAAGCUAGUGAAGGAUUGAUUCCAACAGACCCCACUUUCUAUUUGUUGAAAAAAGUCACUCCAGACCACCCAUUGCUUAUCAAGAUUUCUCCUAUAUUGACCAUUUUAUACGCCAUAAAACUUUUUUUUAAGUCUUCCUUGAAAGCAUCUGUGUUGAUCAGCUGGGUUUCUUUUGUUAUGCUUAUGUUUCUUAAUUCUUAGAAUCAUGUAGGAGACAAUUCAGUAUUCCGCAACCAAAUAUACCAACUCAAGUUACUCAAUUCAACAGCAUUUUUCCAACUACUUAGGUUUGGCUAUAUGAAUUAUGUUUCAUAUUCUGCUCUAUGUAAGACCAUAGCCUUAAUUAAAACACAUGUUAUCUCAUCUUAACUGACUAUCUCAACCCAUUUAAGUUUUGGUUUUCCUCCUUCCCUAGCAUUAUCCUCAAUUAGGGCCGUGUCACUUUUACUACCCGGUUCAAUUAACUGGCAAUUGCUACACAUGUCCAAACCGUGACUCAUUUUAUCUCCAAUUGCGCUUCUUCAACCAUCUCAUGAACGUCUUCGUUUCUAAUUUUAUCUUCUUCUUUUUUUAUCUUUUCCGUAUCGUGAAAAUUAAAGUUUUGACGUUUUUCAUGCGGGAUUUGAUAAGAUUAGGAAAAGAGGGUUCAUUUAAAUAACAAAAUAACAAGUUUUAUCUUUUUUUAUAGAUACGGCUGGACAAAACUACGGAAAUCCUAACAUAAAAAUGCAUCGUUAUGGCUCACCGAACUUCUGAAUGUGGCAACUUCGUUGUUCACUCAGCAGACAAAUGGAUUUAUUUGAGAAAGAGAAUCAAAGGCCCCCGGCAUUUUUGUUAAAUGUAAAUAUAAUUCUUAAAAAAAAAUAAGCCCCACAAAUCUUCAAAAAAGUUUGAGCAACUAACCUGGAGGGAGGUGUGGGUUUCAGUAGAAUUAACCAAAAAAGGAGAGAGCAUGAAGCACAUAUUGUCUUAGCAUAUGGAGUGAGCAAUCUUUUCCAACAAGGAUGACCGCUCCUCCUUCAUCACGAUUGAGGCUGAAUAUUAAUAAUAGUAGUAAGGCUGUGACAGGGGAAAAUGAAACAGAGAAGGAUUUAAACUGGUAUCUGCCACUGUAUAAAGCUGCAAUCAGAGGUGAUUGGGAGAGUGCUAGAAGAUUCUUUGACCUCAAUCCAGAUGGGGUCAUGGAAAAGAUCACACGAACCUCCGAGACAGCACUCCACCUUGCUGUUGGGAAAAGGAAGACAAUUCAUUUUGUGGAGAAACUCAUGGAGUUGGUGUCAACAGAGGCAUUGGUUGUGGCUAAUCAAUUUAACGAGACAGCCCUUCACUUUGCUGCAAAAUUUGGGAAUACUGAGGCGGCCAAGUUAUUAGUGACCAAAAAUGCACACUUGCCUCAUAUUUGGAGCAAUACGGAGUUACUACCUCUCCACUUGGCUACUCUAUUUGGUCACAAAGAGACGGUUGUAUAUCUAUUAACCGUCACCAAAGAUGAUGUGGAUCCAUGUCCCUUUGCAGACGAACCUGGGAUCAAGCUUCUCAAUAUUGUAGUAGAUUCAGGAUUCUAUGAUGUGGCUCUGGAUCUGCUUCGGCGAUACCCUAAGUUGGCUACAACUGUUUCUCGUGGCGGUAAUACUCCUCUGAGUAUUAUAGCAGGAAAGCCCUCUGCAUUCCCAAGUGGAAGUUGCCUAAACUUUUGGCAGCGCUUAGUCUAUUCUUGUGUUCCUCUGAGGCAGGAGAACUUACACCACUCCAAUGUAAGAGACAUUGAGAAUCUGCCAGAAAUUUCUCAACAGUGCAUGCAGAUGUGCUGCCAGGUUUUCGGUCGAAAACACUUCAUUUCCGUGUGCCAAAAGUUGCAUGCAGUAAUUUGGGAAAUUAUUGAAGGAUUAGUGCCGCAUGUUAUGCAUAUACGUGACACAAAACUGAUGCAUCAGCAAGCUCUUCAACUUGUCAAAUGCUUGUGCGUUGAAAUUAUUAGUGUGGAUAACUCAAAAGCUGCCAAAAUAUUUAAACCACCAGUCCUUUUGGGAGCAAGUUUAGGCAUUCAUGAGGUAGUAGAAGAAAUUUUAAGGUCAUUUCCAACUGUAAUUUGGUCUUUGGACAAAGAGCAGCAUGAUGUAUUCCAACUGGCAGUUAUAAAUCGUCAUGGAAACAUUUUUAACCUUUUAUAUCAGAUGAAUGGGCACAGACAUAUGGUGGCUCAAAUUAGUGAUAUUAACGGGAACAAUAUCUUGCAUUUGGCUGGAAAGUUGGCACCUCCACAUCGUCUCAAUCUUGUCACUGGUGCAGCUUUGCAGAUGCAAAGAGAGUUACAGUGGUUUAAGGAAGUUGAAAAACAUGUUCAGCCUAACUACAGAGAGAAGAAAAAUUCUGCUGGAAGAACGCCUGCGAUGGUAUUCACUGAGGAACACAAGAACUUGGUUAGAGAUGGAGAUCAAUGGUUGAAAGACACAGCAAAGUCGUGCAUAAUUGCAGCAUCCCUCAUUGCUAUGGUAGUGUGUGCAGCAGCAAUUACUGUACCGGGUGGCAACAAUGGUGAUGUUGGUUCUCCAAUUUUAUUCAAGGAAAAACCCUUUGCUAUCUUUUCCAUUUCAAAUUCAUUCUCUUUAUUCUCGUCCACCACUUCUGUGUUGAUGCUCUUGUUUAUCCUCACUUCACGAUGCGCUGAAUCUGAUUUUCUCUAUGCGAUGCCGAUGAGGUUAAUUAUCGGUCUUGUUACCCUAUUUCUCUCCAUAACUUCCAUGAUGGUAACCUUUAGUGCCUCAAUUUAUCUUGUAUUUGGUGAUAAAAAAGCAUGGAUUCUUAUCCCACUGGCUGCAUUAGCAUGUCUUCCUGUGACGUUGUUUGUGUUCUUGCAAUUUCCUCUCCUCGUGGAAAUGAUUAAGUCCACGUGUGGCCCCAGCAUUUUUAGUAAGCGAAGUGAGCAUCCUUUCUACUAGAUCUGCAAACGUAGAGAGUUCUUUGCUUUGCAUCCAAAUCCUGUAGUGAAUACAUAAUGUUUGCCUUCCUUUAUGUUUUUUAUCACUCAGAUGGACACAAAAUUUCAGUGAUCUGUUUAGGAAUGUUGUAGUAUAACUUACAUGUUUCCUAUGUAUCUUCUAAAGUAGUUUUGUGAUCAAAACAAUUUUGGCCUCUUUCUGGGGAAA